AUGGCUGAAAAGGACAUCAUCUGCAUUAUCUCUUCGCAGUAUAAAGCGGUAUUCUUGAAGAUUAAUUCUUCAACCACCAUCUUGGAUCUCAAGUUUGAUGCGGCAGAGAGGUUAGAUCUUCCAUACGAGUCAUUAAUUUUGGCAUACGAAGAUCAAACAGUUGGAAGCUUAAAAUUUCUCAUUGAGAACGAUGGUGAUCUGACGUCUAUGGUGGAGCAUUGCCACAAUCUUGGACUGAAAGAGGUUCACGCGCAAGCUUUUAAAGAAGGAGAUGAUUCUUCGAAUAAACAGGAAAACGAGCAAGUCCGACAAGACAUUUUGAACUCAAAAAGUGUAGACUGUGGCCCGUCGGCGUUGUGGACCACAAGUGUUCCAGAUAAGAAUCCCAAUGACAAUCCUUCCAGAGAUAAUGUCAUGACGAUUGAUGACAUGAUUAGCAGAUCAGAGAGGAUUCCUGCUUGGUGGCAUACAGCUUUAACCGGUGAGGGACAACGAUUUGAAAGUGCGAAGGAGUUAAGAUUGGCCUUGCUAUACUACUCCAUGGCAAAAAAAUUCGAAUACGAGUUUGGGAAGAAUGAACCGAAGCGUAUUCGAGUGUUUUGUCGGUUUAAGGAAGCCAAAAAUUGUCCGUGGAUGUUAUUUGCCUCUCCACCGAAAAAUGAUAAUAGACUUGAAAUCAAAAGGUUUGUGGACAAUCACAGUUGUGGGCAGCAUGGCAAUAAUGCUGGUCAAUCUAGAGCCUCAAGGCGAUUCAUUGCUACCCAAUUACAACCCACGUUAAAGGUUCGACCGGAUAUACGGCCUAUUGACGUUCAAAAGGAGUUUCUAAGCUCGUAUGGGAUUAGGGUCGACUAUAGUAAGAUUUGGUGGGGUAAAGAAAGAGCACAAGAGAAAUUGUAUGGUGAUGCCCGUGAGUCCUACGAUCAAUUACGAUGGUAUGUAGAAGAGGUCAAGAAGACAAACCCAGGUAGCUAUAUUCAUGUUGAACAACAUGAGGGGAGGUUUACAAGGAAAAUAACGUUAACUGGAAGUGGUUCUUACAAGGUUAGUUCUAUCCCUAGCUAUGUUAGUUCUAUUGCAGGUUAUGAUAAUUCUAGCUCAUUCAUUGCUAACUCUAUAAUUCGUGUAUGGUAA